AUGGAUAUUCCGGAUACCUAUGAUAUUUAUAUUUUUUGGAAUGUUAAUGAGAAAGUCCAUCCUGCAUUACGUGAACUAUUGAUCGCUAGCCGUGGAUAUCAAAAAGCUCAGCAAGAAUUAGACAAAGCUCACAACGUUUUUGUUGACUGCUUGGCAAAGAUAGAGCGGAUGGCAAAAACUUCCAGUGGUCCUUCAAAAGAAAUCGGAGAUGCAAUUGGAGGGAUUGUGGAUUAUUAUAAAGAAUCUGAAAAAAGCAAACAGCAACUAUCUAAAGCAUUUUAUGGAGAAUAUAUACUGCCACUAGAAACAACUUUGGAAGCCCAAAUUCACAAUAUAACGAAAAUUAACAAAGUCUUCUCAUCAAACUUUAAAGCUAAAUGCGACGGUCUUGAUAAAGCACGUGGUGAAUUAAAAAAAGUAAAAAGAAAGAGUCAGGGCAAGAAAGGAAUCACCGGGAAAUAUGAAGAAAAGGUCAAUGAUUGUGAAGCCGAAUACAAUAAGAAGCAAAAUGAAUUAGAAGCUUACACAGUUCUUGAAUUUGAAAGGGCUUUAAACGAGGAAAGAAAACGAUAUUGUAUGGUUCUUGACUACACUUGUGAGGCAUUAAGUAGAGAGUCAACAAAUUAUGCUAAGAAUCACAACUUUUUGAAAGAUCGUAUUCCUGCUUGGCGAGCUUUAUUUCGAGAUGAAGCUUCCAUGGCUCAACAGAAACAAUCCAUAGAUUCUUUAGAUAGCAAUGACAUGUUGCUUAGGUCACAUUCAUUAGUGCAUGCUCUAACUCAACGAAAGGAAGUAACUGAUUUAGCACAAAAUAGCCAAACUCUUGUAGCUCUUUAUGAUCUAGACGCCGAUACCCAGGAUAAACUUGCAUUACAUGAAGGAGAUAAUAUCAAGACCUUAGGGCAACCAGCAAAUGGCUGGCAAUAUGGUACAAAUACUAACACAGGAAGGUCAGGAUGGUUUCCGCUGACUUAUACAGGAAGGGAAUCUCCCAGUAACCGAACUAAGCGAGGUGGCAGUCUUGCUGAGGUAGGCCAGACUAUUGACUAUGCUUCUCAUCGAAGGCAAAGUAGUAGUCGAAUUGAGCAAGUAGGGCCGGCAACAAUAUCUCCCAUUGGAACAACUCCAUUCCAAUACGACAUAUCUUCGCCAUCGACAUCACCAGUCAUUUAUACCAAUUGA